GUUGCCGCUCCCAAGACGUGCUUACUAAAUUACACCGCUAACGAAGGAUGAAGGAGGAAAAUAUAUUUGAAGGCUGGAGGCCGAACCACCGCCGCCACUCGCCCACGCCCCUGGAUUUGGGACACCUCUCACACAUCUUUACCUGCACCGAUCCCAAGGCCAACGAAGUGCCUCCUGCUUCUCCUACUCCCCCUGCUGCACCAGCCAAAACCGACGACGAUGUCAUCACGCACAUCCUGGGGGACUUUGGCCCCUGGCAACUGCGCUCGCUGCUCAUUCUGUUCCUCUGCAAGAUCCCCGCUGCCUGGUUCAUGGCCUGCAUCCUGUUCACAGCCCCGGAUCUUUAUCCCGAGGAGGAGUACACCUGCGACACGAUCGCCUUUGGGCCGGUGACCAAUUUAACCGUCUCCCUGGAUCAAUGCUAUGUGAUGGUGAACUAUGGCGACGCUGGCUACGCCAUGCGACAGUGCCGCAAGUUCCUCUACACCACGGGCUUCCACUCGCUGACCAUGGAGUUCGACCUGGUUUGCCUGUGCGACUUCUUCGUGGCCUGGUCCCAGUACUGGCAUCUCUUUGGCCUGCUCAUCGGCGGAGUGGCGGCCACCAAGUUGAUGCGCGUCCUGAGUCCCCGCCAGAUUUACGGAUCGGGCAUCUGGUGCCUGCUCAUGUGCAGCCUGCUAAUGGGCAUGGUCAAGGACUUCAGUCUGCACUGCGGACUGCGUUGCUUGGCCGCUGUUUCGUGCUGCUUCAUGAUCACCUCGGGACAUUAUAUAUUUAGUGACAUCACCGCAGGUAAAUAUCGACUGGGAGCCCUCCUGCUUUACGACUCUUUCUGGGCUCUGGGCUUGAUUCUGCUCCCUGGUUUGGCCUACGGUGCUCCCAGUUGGCAGCACAUUUACGUGGGAGUAACCCUCUCCCUGCUGGUGAUCGUGUUCCUGCUACCCUGGACUCCGGACUCACCACGUUGGCAGCUGCAGCACACCAAGGAAAGCCAGCUGGCCAUCGAGCGAACGGUGGGAAUCCUACUGGAGGCAGCCCGCAUCAACGGAAGCAUUCACAGGGUGUCCAAGGAGUUGCCCCAUCAGCUGGGUCAGCUCAGGGAUAGGAUGCAGGAGCAGGAGCUAGCAGUGCACUGGAUGCAGUUGUGGAUGGGUCAGCGGAGAAGCAGUUUCCACUUGAUAGCCGUGCACUUGGCUCUGGCCACCUUCAUGGUGGUGAACACUGGGCUGCUGCUCCACGUUCGAUCCUUCGGCAGGCAGCACCUGGUAUCCAAUACGCUGGCCAUGGGCCUGGCCGAGAUGCUGGGCUGCUUCCUGGCCCUGCAUCUCACCUUCAACCAGAGCGCACGCAAGUGGCAGUGGGCAGGAGGAUUUGCCAUCGUGGUUGGCUGCAUUGGUAGCAUCUGCUGGUUCCUGGCCGAGGAGGAUAUGCCGGAGGUGUAUGGACUCACGCUGGGAUUGCUGAUGGCAUCGCUGCCCCAGGCGGCCGUGGCCUGUGCCCAGUCCAUGAUCCUGGCCUGCCUGGGUGAGCUGGUGCCCGCGGAGCAGCGCGGCUGCCUCUCCUUCUCAGCCGUCACCUGGGCGAGGGUGUGGCAGCUCUCCGCCUCCUUUCUCACGCUGCUCAGGCAGGUGAGCCCCGCCCUCUCGCUGUCCGCCUUCUGCCUCCUGGUCAUCCUGGGCGGCAUAUGCACGUGCUUCCUUUCCACUCCCAAAGGGGAGGAGAAACCGGAAGGGGCUACGGUGCACAAGAAGCAGCACUUAAUUGCGUAUACGUAAUUACGUAUACGUAGGGGGCUUAUUUGCUUAGUUAGUUCUAGCGUAUGUAAAGUAUUCGCAAUCAGUAUUCGAAUUUAGCACAUAUUGAGUUGCAUACUUUUGGGAAUAAAUCAAAAGUUUAGCAUCUACUGGUAUUCAUUUAUUUACGACUAUUACCUGACUUUGCUUUA